AUGCCUGACAACGCGCCGGUGCGCCAGACGCUCAGCGCGUGCGUGAGCGCGUCAUCACAGAAGCCCAGCGCGGAGCUCCGAAAGUCCUCCAAGCCCGCUAUGGAGAAGAGGAGGCGCGCGCGCAUCAAUCAGAGCCUCGUGCAGCUGAAGGCGCUCAUCCUGCACGCGCUGCACGCGGACGUCUCGCGGCACUCUAAGCUGGAGAAGGCUGAAAUCCUGGAGAUGACGGUGAAGCACCUGAGGAGCGUGCAGCGCGCGCAGGCGGCAGUGUCCCUCACGCUGCAGCAGCGAGCGCUGGGCAGGUACAGCGCCGGCUUCAGCGCCUGCAUGACUGAGGUCACUCGCUUCAUGUCCAGCUGUGAAGGAGCGAGCUGUGAGCUCCGGACGCGGCUGCUGGCACACCUGGCCGGGUGUGUGAUGAUGACUCCUCCCCCACAACAUGCACUGCCAAUCACACAGACUAACACGCCUCCCAAAAUACGGCUGAUCCUUCCAGCACUGGACACAGAUAAACUGAACAGGAGAGUCCAGCCAGGUGAUCCCGGGCGAGCCCCCACUUUAAUAACCCCCUCAGCUCAGGAACCCUCAGGAACCGCCGUGUGGAGGCCGUGGUGA